AUGCCAGCACUCACGUCACGGACUUUCCUUUACCACAUCAGCCGCAACCUGUACUGUACGCUCACUUCUUUGCUUGUUUUAGUAAUUUACUAUGGGAUUAACACGUAUAACUUAAGACCGUACAAUACUAACGAAUCGAAAGUCGAAGUCGGUACCAGUGUAGUGGAAAUAAAAUCAGAUGCCAUUCCAGAACUUCACUAUAUUCUCCUUUGGGGUGAUCCUGAUCAGGCACCCUUUAGCCACUUUGGCGAAGGCCGCUCUGUAUUUGAGGAGCACAAUUGCUCAUGGACGAACUGUUACGUCACGAGUGACAGAAACCAUUUGCCUGACUACACCCAGUUCAAGGCCGUUAUAUUCUACGGACCCUCACUUGACGAUCUGGUGAGCAGAAGUCAACUGCCACGCCGCCGAUCUCCACAUCAGCUUUAUGUAUAUCUUAGUCUGGAAUCUGCAGCCAACUACCCCGUAUGCACAGAACGCUGGAAUGGUUAUUUCAAUUUAACCUGGACCUAUCGACUAGACUCGGAUCUCGUAUGGCGUUAUUAUGAGUUUCAAAACGCAAGUGGAUUUGAUAUCGCACCGAGUGCUUCAGUCUGCUGGCAAGAGAACAAGGCGAAUUACAGGGACGAAGACCUUGCGGAAAUAGUCCGAAAAAAACGCAAGGCAGCUGCCUGGUUUGUUUCCAACUGUGACACUACCAGCAUGCGUGAAGAGCUGGGAGGACAGAUACGCCAGAAUCUGCGCAACUAUGAUCUAGAUAUUGAUAUUUACGGAGACUGCGGUAGCUUACUCUGUCCAGUUUCAGCCAUGGAUAUAUGCCUGAUGAAGUUAGAGCGAGAGUAUUAUUUUUACAUGGCAUUCGAGAAUGCAUUAAGUGACGAUUACGUUACUGAAAAGGUGGUUCACGCUCUGAAUCAUCGCACAGUGCCUAUCGUGUUUGGUGGAGCCAAUUACAGCAGGUUUCUACCCCCGGGUUCGUACCUAGACGCAAGAGAAAUGGGCGCACGGCGCACUGCGCAACGUAUAGCUGAAUUGAUCCGACGUCCAAACGAAUACAUACAACUAUUCAACUGGAGACACUAUUAUCGUGUGCGUGCAAUCGCACCGGGAAUUCAGGCUUGUCACUUGUGUGCUGCAAUCAAUAAACACCCCAUACCACGAAACACAACGAUACAAUUCCGUCGCUGGUGGACACCGUUAACCUCAUGUAGAGAUGUCAUCAUAGCGAAUUUACACUAA